UAAGCCCUAUCUGGCACUGCAGCCUGGGCUGCCUGUGCUCCCAUCAUGGGGAGAUGCUCCAUGAGUGGCAUCCAAACAAUGAGAAAACACCUCUUCUGAGCUGGGUAGAGGUGCCCCACAGCUGCAGGCAGAGGUGCCCCCACUGCUGAGCAGGCACAUCUGGUGAAGAUGCUUCAUCCAGCUGUGUCCAGCCAACACCUGCCCAGCCCCAUCCUCGCCAUUCCCGCUGCUCCCGCUCCACUCCUGGGUGGUACCGGCUGUUCCGGGCACUAUGGAAGCACUCCCCAGGUUGGCAGCAGAGGGAAGAGCUGGCUUGGGUCUCACACAGCUCUUUCUCUGCCCCUUCCCCAUGCACAGACCACGGGAAGGAGUUCAGGGAGCCCGGGUGACCCAGCUGCCAUCCAUCAGGAUGGUGAUGAAGGAGCUGAGUGGCCGCCAUGCUGUGAGUGUCCCUCCUGCCUCUGCUCUGUCCCCAGGGGCUCCUCCAGCCCAGCGUCAGCUGCAUCGCUCCUCACCUUCUGCUCUUUUCCCCUUGCCCAGGAGAUGACACAGGAUGCCGGCAGCCUGAAGAAGCUGCUACAGCACCAGGCCCAGGUCAGGGUCUGUUGCAGUGCAAUCUCACCCAUCCCCACUUCUCACACACAGCCAGAGGCUGAUGCAGCUCUCCAGGGACCCUUUCUGCUGUGGGGCUCCUUGGUGAGUGCAGCCCAUUUCUUGCAGGCUGGUGCCAGGCAGCUGCCAGUUCCUGUCCUCUCCAGUAGUGAGGGUUUACGUGGCCACGUGGAUGCAGGUGGGACCCACAGGAGCAGGAGGAGGCUGCCCUGGCCAUUGGCACGGCCAGGGACCUCAGCUGCAGUAGGGGCACCAGGGCCAUCAGGCUCUGCUGGGGCAGGAGCUCUGUUUGGCCGGCCCCUGGCAGACCUCUGCAGCCAGGAUGGCAUGCUGCCACAGCCCAUCCAGGACCUGCUGGCUGUGCUCAAUGAGUGUGGCCCAUCAACAGAGGGGAUCUUCCAGCUGGCAGCCAGCCAGCGUGCCUGCCGCGAGGUCAGGGAGGCCCUGGACAGUGGGGUGCCGGUGCAGCUGGAAACCCAGCCCGUGCUGCUGCUGGCUGUCCUCUUGAAGGACCUCCUUCGUAAUAUCCCUUCCAAGCUCCUCAACAUCCAGCUGUUUGAGGAGUGGAUGCACACCAUGGAGAAGACCAGAAGACAGGAGAAGCUUUCAGCACUGAAAGAGGUGGCCAGCAAGCUACCAGAGGCCAACCUUCUCCUGCUCUGGCACUUGCUGUCGCUGCUUAGCAGCAUCAGCAAGAAUGUGGCCACAACCAAGAUGACUGCUGGGAACCUGGCCAUCUGCCUGGCACCAAGCCUUCUGAGCCUACCCCAGGAGCUGCCCCUGGAUGUCCUGGCUCUGGAGACAGGGAAGGUGACGAAGCUCAUCAAGUUCCUUAUUGAACACCAUCAGGAACUCCUUGGAGAGCAGGUGGCCAGGCUGGCCAGCAAGGGGGAUGAGGAGACACCAGCAGCACAAGCAGAGCUGGAAACAGCAGAGGUGCCUCCUGUUGCUCCUGAGAGUGAACAGCAGAGGAGCUUUUCCAGGGAGAAAAGGUUCCCAGGCUCUUCACACAACACCAGGAAGAGAAAAGCAGCCUGGGAAGAGGGCAGUGAUGGGCCACCAUGCCAGAAGAAGAUCAAAACUGAGCUUUCAGGGAUGGGCAACUGAAAAAAAUCAAGCAGGGGAAUAACAAGGCACCCAGGUAUGUAGCAGAGCCUGUGUUCCAUCUUUUUGCCAAGCUCUGAGUACAGGAAACACUCCUGAGGUGCACAGGAUGGUCCUGG